AUGUCUCCUGAAGAUAUGGCUAAUGCGAAAGCCAUCAUUUCGACUGUUGCAUCUGUUGCUGCUACAGCGAUGCUCGUUCGAAGCAUCGUCCAUGACUUCAUCCCCAAGGAAUUCCGAAGCUACAUAAGUUUCUACGAUCUCUUUCAUCGUUUCUCUUCUCAAUUCACCAUCCUCAUCCAUGAAUUUCAAGGGCCAUCCCCGAACCUGGUGUUCGAGGCGGUUGAAGUCUAUUUGGGAACCAUAGUGAACUCUUCGACUAAGAGUAUCCGGUUGGGCAAGACGGAGAAUGACAAGGGUCUUGUCAUUACCAUGGACAAUGACGAAGAGAUCGUCGAUGUUUUUGAGGAUGUUAAGGUGACAUGGAGAAUGGAGUGUAGGAAAAUCGACUCAGGGAGCCAGAAUGAAGAGAUAAAAGAUAUGAUUGCAGCUUUAUGUUCUGAACUCAGAGUUUAUGAGCUGAGUUUCCAUAAGAAACACAAGGAAAAGGUGUUGAAAUCGUAUUUGCCUUACAUUAUGGAGAGAUCAAAGGCCGCGAAAGAAGAAUCCAGGGCUAUAAAGUUGUUUUCAAAUUACAGAAACUGGGGUUCUGGUGGUAUGAAUCUUGAACACCCUAUGACAUUCGACACUCUGGCUAUGGACGAAGAGAUAAAGAGCGCGUUAAUCGAUGACUUGGCGGGUUUUGUGAAGGGGAAAGACUACUAUAACAGGAUCGGGAAAGCUUGGAAACGAGGCUACUUGCUCUAUGGCCCUCCUGGAACUGGUAAAUCAAGCCUGAUUGCUGCUAUGGCGAAUCAUCUGAACUAUGAUAUCUAUGAUUUGGAUCUUACGGAAGUUGACAGCAAUUCGAAUCUAAGGUCGUUGCUACUCGGCAUGUCUGGCCGUUCAAUUCUUGUGAUCGAGGACAUUGACUGCGGCAUCAAGCUAGAAAACAGAGAAAAGGAGGAAGAAAAGGAAAAUAAGCACAAUAGAGUGACACUGUCAGGGAUACUUAAUUUUCUUGACGGGAUUUGGUCGUGUUGUGGAGAGGAACGGAUAAUUGUGGUCACAACCAACCACAUAGAUAAACUAGAUGCAGCACUGCUGAGACCUGGACGAAUGGACAUGCACAUACACAUGUCGUAUUGCAAGUUAUCAGCGUUCAAGCAGUUGGUUUUCAAUUACUUGGGGAUUCGUCAACACGAAAUGUUUGAUCAGAUCGGACAGCUCCUAGAAGAAGUGGAAGUUACUCCGGCUGAAGUUGCGGGAGAACUGUUAAAGAGCAAGAAUCCAACUAUAUCCCUUCAAGGUCUUGUUGAAUUUCUUGAAAAUAAAAUUGCAGAAAGAGAGAGGUUGAAAGCUGAGACGGAUUUGACAGCGAAGAAUGGGGUAUCAGAGGAAGAACCGAAAGAUGCAACAAAUCCUGAAUCCAUGCUCGACUCUUCCGAGGAUCUUACUCACAUUGUUGAUCUCUAGAUGAAGAUGGAGGCUAUUUUCUACCCUCCUUUUUCUUUCUUCUUCUUGUUUUCUUUAGGAAGACGAUUGUAGGACCUGAGAGGGAUGUUUAUCCCAUAUCAACUGACAAGAAUAAAUAUGUUUAGAGUUGUUUUCUUAAAGCUGGGAAA